AUGCCUAAGGCAUCCAAGGGAAAAGGAAAGCGCGUCAGGAGUCCCUCGCUCGGCGACAUGGAUGUCAUCAGCGGUACCGACGGAGAGGACAACUCUGGGGAUGAGGGUGACAGCCGUGAGGGGCGCAGCGAGACCCCAGUGCUCCUACCACCACGCAAGCUAGCCACAGCAGCUUCGUCGUCUCGGAUCGCAAAUACCUCUGCAAAUGAGCGGAUGGGCUCCGUGAUCUCGAUUCAUUCGAGUGCGGGGACACCUCCUCCCAUCACUCCAUCAUCCUCGCGGCAGAAGCGUCGCAUUGUCUCGCCCGCGCCAUCGUCUACCUCGAGCUCUGCCAGCACAUCUGGUGCUCCCUCUCGCCACAUCCUGGCCCUCAUGCAGAGGGAGAUGGAGCGCUACGAGGACAUGUACGAGCACUUCAACAGCCUCCAGAACCAGCUCGCCCAGAAGAUCGCUGUAAGGGAGGCGGAGAAUGAGGAGCAGGGUGUGACAAGGGAUGAGUACUUGACCAUCUGCCGUGAAGAGUACUCUCCUAUCGUCGCGGGCUUGACGAGCAGGAGGCAAAGCGCCCUCGUCGUGAUCCUGAGUCCUCGAAGUAGUUGCUCUAUCUUCCUGGUCAAGCUCGCAGACUCUGUCCGCGAGGACGCUGCCUGUGCCAACGUCUCGCGGACACAGUCCGCGAGACGUGAUUGA